AAAGGGGAAAAAGAACAAAGCUACUAAACCAAAAAAAGAGGUAGAGAAGGAACGCAGCAGAACUCCAUCCCUAGAAAAGCCCCAGAAACAGAAAGGUGCUGCGGCGACGGCGGCAGCUGCUUCCCACCAGCCAACUGCUAGUCAGGCUUCAGAGUCUGGUGGCGAAAGCCAGAGAAAGAAACGAAGCCGUCUGGACCCCCAUGUUGAGUCGGAGGAAGCAUUCUUGUCUCGAGUAGAGAUCAAGGUGCGGAUACCAGAGGAACUGAAGCCAUGGCUUGUAGACGACUGGGACCUUAUCACGGAACAAAAAAAGCUUGUACAGCUUCCCUGCAAUGUCUCUGUGGACCAUAUUCUCGCGGAUUAUGUGAAACAGAAGACGUCAGUAAAAGGACUUUCAACUAACAAGGAGAGUGCCGUCAUCGAGGUGACAAAUGGACUCAAGGAAUACUUCAAUGUGAUGCUAGGAAGCCAACUUUUGUACAAGUUUGAACGUCCUCAGUAUGCUGAUGUUUUAAAUGAAAGGCCGGAUACUCCUAUGUCACAAAUAUAUGGUGCCAUUCACCUGCUAAGGCUAUUCGUCAGGCUUGGCAGCAUGUUGGCUUAUACCCCGCUGGACGAGAAGAGUGUCCAGCUUCUGCUACAUCACAUUCACGAUUUUCUCAAGUACAUGGCUAGGAACUCGCAGCUGUUCAGCCUGAAUGACUACACAAUAGCACCUCCCGACUACCAACGGAAAGCCAUCUGAAAAAUGUAAAUCUGUGCUACAGAAAUAAAGUCUACAAUCACUUUGUCAAAAGAGUCUUCCCAGUACUUGCUGCAUUCAUUUACCCCUUUAAAUGAUGUAUCCCAUGAACAAAGACCCCAAGAAAAUAAUGAUAACAGUCGUGUAAUGGCUGUAUGUGACUGAUUGCUACCAUAGCCCCCAUGUUAACCGCAUUUAGGUUGUAUGUUUUGUUCAGAUAUAGUGUUCAUUUUCAAAGUUUAUUUCUCAUCCCUGAAUAUUUUGUUGGACAAAUUUUAUUUACCGAAGGUGUGCAUGCUCAUAGUGAAAUUGUGCAAGUUUCAAAUAUAAGAUUUUCAAACUCCC